AUGGCUCAAGGAAAUAGUUAUGGGCAGAACGCCAGUAACAACGGUAUGGCAGACGAAUCGCCGAACAUGCUAGUAUAUAGAAAGAUGGAGGAUGUUAUAGCACGAAUGCAAGAGGAGAAAAAUGGGAUUCCUAUCCGCACAGUCAAAAGCUUUUUGUCAAAAAUUCCCAGUGUGUUUUCUGGUGCAGAUAUUGUCCAGUGGCUACUGAAGAAUCUGAACAUUGAAGAUCAAGUAGAAGCAUUGCAUCUUGGAACACUAAUGGCAGCUCAUGGCUACUUCUUUCCGAUCUCAGACCAUGUGCUAACAUUGAAGGAUGAUGGGACUUUCUACAGAUUUCAGACACCAUACUUUUGGCCAUCAAAUUGUUGGGAGCCAGAAAACACCGACUAUGCGGUUUACCUCUGCAAGCGGACGAUGCAAAAUAAAGCAAGGCUCGAGUUAGCAGACUAUGAAGCUGAGAGCUUGGCCCGUCUACAGAGAGCAUUUGCAAGAAAAUGGGAAUUUAUCUUUAUGCAAGCAGAAGCACAAGCAAAAGUUGAUAAAAAAAGAGACAAAAUUGAAAGAAAAAUUCUUGACAGUCAAGAAAGAGCAUUCUGGGAUGUACACAGACCGGUGCCAGGUUGUGUAAAUACUACAGAAGUGGAUAUCAAGAAAUCAUCCCGAAUGAGAAAUCCUCACAAAACAAGAAAGUCUGUCUAUGGUCUACAAAACGAUGUCCGAGGUCACAGUCCGACCCACACGCCUGCACCAGAAGCAAAGCAACCAACCGUAGAAGAGUUACAUCAACAGAUAAAGCACUGGCAAAUGCAGCUAGAUAGACACCGGUUAAAAAUGUCCAAGGUUGCAGAGAGUCUGAUCGGGUACGCGGAGCAGUAUAUGGAAUUUGAUCCAUUUCUUAUAACUCCUGAACCUUCAAACCCAUGGAUGUCAGAUGAUAUUUCCUUCUGGGAGCUAGAAGCAAGUAAAGAACCAUAUGCUCAGAGAGUAAAGCGAUGGGGUUUCUGCAUCGAUGAAGUUUUAAAAGAUCCUGUAGGGAGGGAACAGUUUCUUAAGUUCGUGGAGUCUGAAUUCAGCUCUGAAAACUUACGAUUCUGGUUAGCAGUGCUGGAUCUGAAGAAAAGACCCAUUCGUGAGGUACCAUCACGUGUUCAAGAAAUCUGGCAAGAGUUUUUGGCACCAGGAGCCCCCAGUGCCAUUAACGUGGACUCCAAAAGCUAUGAUAAGACCACACAAAAUGUAAAAGACCCAGGAAGAUAUGCAUUUGAAGAUGCUCAGGAGCACAUUUACAAACUGAUGAAAAGUGAUUCUUACCCUCGUUUCAUACGUUCCAGUGCCUACCAGGAGCUACUCCAGGCUAAAAAAAAGACAGAAUGUUUAAAAGUUCUUCUCCCUGUAAGAAGUAAAUUAUUGAAUGAAUCAGAAUUAGAAGUCAAAAUGAGUAAGAUACAAGUUUGCAACCAAACCAAUCAUUUCAAGAAAGUCAAAUGCAUUGAUUACUCGUCGGUAAUCGAGAAAACAGGUUAA